AUGGUUCUGAUAGAUUCUAUUUUUAUUGGAAUUCAUACGGUAUUAUCCACUGUUGGUUGUGUGGCGAAUCUUUUGGUGUUCUAUUUGGCGGUUUUUAAGUCACCAAAGGUAAAUUUUUAGGAAGGUGUAGUAAAUUGGGAAAUAUUUCUCGAUUGAAAUCUUUUUCAGAAAAAAUUGGUUUUAAUUAAAUUUCUAUGAACUUAUUUAGUUUCAGGAUUCACGCAAAACAUCAAAUGAUCUGAAUAUUCUCUGAAUAUUUUUAGAAAAUAUAAAUUACGUCCCAUCUAGAAAAAAUUGAAAGUAUCAAUUUAGAAAUUUCUGAUCUUUAAAAUAAUGUGAUUAUUAGGUAAUCCUCGAUUUGAAAUAGAAAUUCUAGUUUUGAUAACUAGAACUUCGUUUUUUUUCAAAAAUAAUACCACUUCACUCAAAUCCUCACAGGCUAUUGCUUCCUACACAACUCUAAUUAUCAAUGUUGCCAUCACCGAUUUCCUUUGCUGUUUCACCGAUUUCUUCAUUCAACAACGUCACAUUCCAGCUGGUUUUACUCUCGCUUACACUUCUCACGGAUUCUGUACUAAAGUUGGACCACAUUUCUGCUUUCUCAUGUAACUAUAACUUUCAUCUUUAACAAAUUCCAGACGAAACCCUUGAAAGUAAGCAGUUUUUUUCAGAUACAGUAUAAACAUCCACUUUAUUGCUCAUGGUUUAUGGUCUCUUUUAUUAGGUUUUGCCUAUCGAUAUUAUAUUCUAUUUCAUCCAUCACCAUCUCGAAGAACAUUGAUUUUUGUGUUGAUGAUUGUCUAUACUCCAUCUUUCCUUCAAAUGUUUAUAUUUCUUUGGGCCGAUGAUGAUCCGAAUGAACUUCUGGCUAUUCUUAUGAAAAAGUUUCCAGAUUAUCAUCUUGAAAGUAAGCACAACUGUAUCUUCAAUAACAAUAACAAUUUCAUUCAAUUUUUCAGAUGAAACUGUUAGUGGUACUAUUAAUAUUAUAAAUUUCCCUGCAUUAUAUACAAUAAUCCACAUGGCUGUUCCAAUUGGGCCAGUUUAUGUUUGCAUCGGGAUUUUGAGGAAGAAAAUUAUCAACAAGCUCAUGAAAAACUCGGGAGAUAUGUCAGCAAAAACACGUGAACUUCAUUCACAACUUCUUCGUGCUCUCACUUAUCAAGCAAUGAUUCCGGCAUUCUACUCGAUUUCUAUUACUUCUUACACAAUUGGACAAUUUUUCUACAACCAUCCAAUUUUCGAAUAUACAACUCUCACUGGUUUUCUAUUUAUGCCAGUUCUUUCUCCAAUUUCUUCGAUGGUUUUCAUUCAAAUUUAUCGAAAACGUGUUACUAUUUGGAUUUAUAAAUUGAUAAGAAAAGAUAUUCCAAAAGAAUGGCUGAUGAAUUUGAAUAGCACAACUGGAAAAGGUCAUUCGGCACAAGUUGGUGGAAGAUCUGGACAAAUAUCACAAGAAAACACAAGUGCACGAAAAAUAUAA